UUGGAAUCAUUCUAUAAAAAAAAUUCUAAGUGUAGAGCAGAAAACAGGAAUCCGAAUAAACCUCCGACUGAAGAUGGCCCCGUUAGACGGUAUUUUACCACAUAUUCUCCCCAUCAUCGUUGCGGUUGUUUGAUUGGUGCGCUGGUCCGUAUUUCUAUCCCCACCCUCGUCCUUGAUCGCGUGCGCUGGUCGGAGUGUCUGCUGAUUUAUAUAGGACCGCUUGUCCGGCGACCAUCAUUCUUCUCGUGGCUCAACUACGACGAACAAAUAAAAUCAAGUGACUACAUCAUGCCGCCCAAAGCCAGUGGUAAAGCUGUCAAGAAAGCCGGCAAGGCUCAGAAGAAUAUUACGAAGACUGACAAGAAGAAGAAGCGUAAGAGGAAGGAAAGCUACGCUAUCUACAUCUACAAAGUACUUAAACAAGUCCACCCUGAUACUGGAGUUUCCAGCAAGGCGAUGAGCAUCAUGAACAGCUUCGUCAACGACAUUUUCGAACGUAUCGCUGCUGAAGCCUCUCGUCUCGCUCAUUACAACAAGCGAUCAACUAUCACGUCUCGGGAAAUCCAGACCGCUGUUCGACUCCUGUUGCCUGGUGAACUUGCCAAGCACGCUGUUAGUGAGGGCACCAAAGCUGUCACUAAAUACACGAGUUCGAAGUAAUUGCUUCCUAAAACCAACAAACGGCCCUUUUUAGGGCCAACAAACUUUCAAAACGUAGUUCAAUAUUCACAUUUUAAUUCUAUCCUAUUUUUCAUAUUGGGUUAAAUUUGUCAUGUUUGCCGCAUGGUCAAAAACAACCCGUUGAAAUUAAAACUUUAUCGUACUUUAAUAAGUUAUAUAUUUUUUUUUAUAUUUCGCUAAUGUUAUCAAUAUACUUGCUCGUUUUCAAUUUUGUACCUCCGAAAAUAUU